GUGUUCAAGGUGGAGCUUUGCCUAGGAGACUUGACGUGGCGAAUCGCCAGAAGAUAUCGGGAGUUUGCAGAACUGCACGCUCGUUUGAAACUGGUGGUACAGGAGUCUACCCUUCCUGUACUGCCACCUACAAAAUGGUAAGCCGAAUGGUGCUCGGACCAAAGUUCUACCUCGUAACAAUACUCACGUUCUUGUAGGUUCGCAGCUACAGAGCACAGCUUCCUUGCUCAGCGACAGUGGCUGCUUGAAAACUACCUCAAAGGGGUCUUUAUGGUUGACGAGCUCCAGGAUUCGGUUCCGCUUCUUGUAUUUCUCGGAGUGCUCUCGGCUUCCUACGUCGAUCACGUGGCUUUGAGACGACAUCGACGGCAGAUCCUUCACCUCCAAGUGCUCGAAUACUACACACGGCCAGGGGAUUUGAUCCUAUUCAAUGGCCGAGCUAAAGUGAGCGCACUUCAGCGAUCUUUAACGAGAGCAGAAUGGGACCAUGUCGGCAUCGUCGUUCCCUCUCGUGAGGAUGGCCAACUCCAGUUACUCGAAGCGACUGGCGACGGUGUUACCCUUUGCCCCCUGGUGUGUUCGUUCAGCUUACGUUUGUUCGGAUGCUUAUAUUCCAGUUAAUGUUGGUCAUUCAUCUUUGUUUCUUCCUGCAGACCUCACGACUGCU